GUGUGACGGCGACGGCUGUAAACGAUAAACUUCCUGUAUGAACAUCCGGGGCUUCUCUUCCACCGGUCCGAGUCAACAUGGGGCGAGUCAGGACCAAGACAGUCAAGAAGGCCUCCAGGGUCAUCAUUGAGAAAUACUACAUGCGCCUCGGCAGCGACUUCCACACCAACAAGAGGGUGUGUGAGGAGAUCGCCAUCAUCCCCAGCAAGCCUCUGCGCAACAAAAUUGCAGGGUAUGUGACACACCUGAUGAAGCGCAUCCAGCGCGGCCCAGUCAGAGGAAUCUCCAUCAAGCUUCAGGAGGAGGAGAGAGAGAGGAGAGACAACUACGUCCCUGAGAUUUCUGCUCUGGACCAGGAGCUCAUCGAGGUGGAUCCUGACACAAAGGAAAUGCUCAAGAUGCUGGAUUUCGGUGGCCUCUCCAACCUUCAAGUCACUCAGCCAACUAUUGGAAUGAACUUCAAAACACCACGAGGACUGUAAUAUCAUGUGUGAUUAACGUCUUAAUAAAGAGACAUAAUUAUGAAUAA